AUGGCCCCGGGAGGAAUCCUGCUCAGCUGUCUGCUGCUCCUGGGGCUGCUGCUGGGCCUCAGUUGGGGCCCCGCUGCUCUGGGGUCCCCAGUGGUGGAGUCUGGAGAGUUCUGGGCUGAACACAUAGCAGAAGCCGGAGGGAACCAGAGGCCGUGGCUGGGUACUCCCUCCCCAGGUGCCCGCCUGCGCCGAGCUGCGGCCGGCCCGUGCCAGUUGCGGAGUCUGACCCUGCCGGUGGCCGAGCUGGGCCUGGGCUAUGCCUCGGAGGAGAGGGUGGUCUUCAGCUACUGCGCCGGCAGCUGCCCCCGCGGCGCCCACACCCAGCACGGCCUCACGCUGGCCCGGCUGUGGGGCCAGGGCCGUGCCCACGGCGGGCCCUGCUCCGUGGAUGGCCUGCGCAAAGAGCGCGAGUCAGCCUGGUGGCUCCCGGGGGAAACAGGGAAACUGAGGCACGGAGAGGCUGACUGCAGUACAGGGGCUGGUUCUCCCCGGACCGGACACCGGGGUUUCCAGCAUGCUCCUAUCCAGCCCUGCCACAACCUUGGCCCCAUCCGGCCCAGGCCGCGGGCCCAACCCAAUCACAGUCCAAGGUUCCAGGCCCUGCCCCCCGUGGUCCAGCUCCCUCUUGGCUCCGGACCCUGA